AUGGAUGCCGAUAGUGAAUCAACAUUAUCUGUACACAGUGUUGAUGGUUUUACACAAAUGGACAGCGAAAUGAUAUCCUCUAGAUUUGAGGAAAGUCUUAACCUGUAUUCCAAUGACAAAAAGAACUCUUCAAUGCUACAGGAAGAAAUUAUGCUGUACGGGCUAGAACUUUCAAAUGCAGACGAUCUCCAAGAGGAGAAAGAAGGAAAAAGAUUUUAUGAAGAAAUGAUUCCAACAGAAACGCUAGAAACUGUUUUGAAAACUAAUCCACAUCAGUAUAAACGGUGCAGAUUUAAUGUAGAAAAUUCACACGAAUCUGUUUGCAAGAUUCUAAACGUACCGGAUAUAGAUGGCCUUGAAGAAAUUCAAAUAUCUGGAAGAUCAAAAGCGGGAAAGAGCUUCAAUGAAGAUGUUGUAUUGGUAGAAGUGUACAACUAUGAAAAAUACAGAGAAGAAUAUAUUGCUAGGUACCAGAGGGAUAUUAACAGAAGCAAUAGACUUCAUAAAAUAUAUGGAAAAGUGGUAGGCAUUUUUAAAAGGAAAAGAGCAAACCACAUCACAAAUCCGGUUUUUGUCUGUGUCCUUGAUGACACGUCCAAUUUUCUUAUGAGACCCCUGUGUAAAACAGUCCCAAAGCUUACCAUUAUUCAUGAUAAUAAAAAUCCGAAUUUUAUUCUUGUUCACAAGUACGAUCCUCAGUUUUCCAGCAUCAAAUUUCACAAUUGUUUCAAAAUCGAUCUUACAGAAAUCAAGAACUACACCUUCUUGGUGGUUUUUAUCAAAUGGACCGAUUUCCAUCCUUAUCCGUUAGCUGCCGUCAUUAGAGUAAUAAAAAUCGAAGAAAAUCAGUCCUCGGCUCUACACAAUCUUCGAUUUCAAUACCAAGUCCCUAAAUACUACCAGAAAGAAACUGUCACCGAGACAGAAGGAAAACUUGUUGAGUUUCAAGCAAACAAAAUAACAAGUAACAAAGAAGAUAGGAUAGAUUUGACUGCUUUGAAAGUUUUUACCAUAGAUCCUGCAAAGUCUAAAGAUCUUGAUGAUGCAAUUAGCAUUGAAAGAAAGAAAGAUGGAAAUUUGCGUGUAGGGGUUCAUAUUGCCGAUGUUGGAGCUGUUAUAAAUAAAGAUGAUGCAAUAGAUGUGGAAGCUCGAGAGAGAGCAUGCACUUUUUAUCCUGGACAAGGCAUCAAUCCCUACCACAUGUUACCUGAACCAUUCGCCACCAACUUGUGCAGUCUUCUACCUGAAACACCUAGACCCGCCAUCACAGUUUUCUUUACGUUGCACAAAAAGAAUAAAGAUGAAAUAAAUAUAAUAAACGUUGAAGUAUUGAAAACCAUUGUUUUGUCAUUUAAACAGUUAACUUACGAAGAAGUUCAAAAGAUUAUCGAGAAAAAAAGUCCACCUGGAGAACUAGACGAAGAUAUUUUACUGUUGUUCAAAAUAGCAAAGAUGUUACGUGCCAUACGAAUGCAAGAUGCAAUGUUCUCUUUUCCUAUUGAAACAAUGCUUAACGAAGUACAGAAUGAUAUUCUUAAAUCAAAAGAAGCACAUUAUUUAGUUGAAGAAUUCAUGAUUCUAGCAAAUAGAUCUAUUGCUGAAUUUCUAUGGAGGAAAUUUCCGGACGUUAUACCUGUGCGUUGUCAGGAUGCUCCUUCCAAAGAUAUGGUUGAAUCUUGGAUUAAUCAGAGCAGCCCAAUUCUAAACAUGGUGCUCCAAUUGCAACACAUUGACCCACUGAGAAACGACCAAGUUAUAGGAAUUCAUCAAAUUAAAAAACAAAUUAGAUACCCGCAUGUUAUGCCACUUCAAAAGUGGGUCUGGGAAAAACUUUCAGAAUGCAUAAAAUGCAAUGAUAUGGAAAAAGCGUCAAGGCUAAUUUGCACAGACGAGCUGCACCCAAUGCAAUGUUUGAUUCUAGAGGAAUGGCUUUCUUUUCAAGAGACAGCUAAAUACAGAUGUACUGGAACUGCAGAUGAUAAAGAACUUUAUCAUUUUUCUCUGAAAAUGAACUUGUACGUUCAUUUCACAUCACCUAUACGAAGAUAUCCAGACCUAAUUGUUAAUCGAUUGAUUCAUGCAGCUCUGGAAAAUACCUACUGUCCAUAUACAUCAGAUGAAGUACAUGAUCUUUGCGAAGAAUUUAACACUAUAAUGCAUAGAGCAAAGCAGUUCCAAAAGCAGUGCCAAAUUAUGUUUUGGGGGUUUCAGCUGAAAAAAACACCACAAAUAUUGCAUGGCUUUGUAAAAGACUUUUCAGAAAAAUCUCUUUCAAUAAUAAUUCCAGGAUUAAGAUUUCUACCCGUGCAUUGCAAGGAGAUCCCAUUCAAUUUACUUCAUUUGAGCGAAAAACCGAUUAUUACAAGGAAAACAGAUCCGAACAAUGAACGCUUGGUAUUAAAAUGGUUGCAGAGAUUAUAUGAUAUAACCGGAAAACCAGUCAGUAGAGAAGGAUGGCUAUCACCAGAUGCCAAAGCAGCAUUUUGCAAGCAAAUAAAUCCUCAUACAAGAGCAAGAUUUAUUGGCCAAGAAACAUGGAAAACUGUUUUAACAAUGACUUUGGGUGAAAAUCGAUCAGAUCUUAGAAGAAUAUUGACAGGGAGAUAUACUGAAGACACAUUCGGUUUAGAUGAAGAUAAGCAUAAUUUUGUUGACACAUGUACAGAUACAGUUCUUGAUCAUUCUUCUGAAGUGGAAAGUGGAAAUGUUAUUAAACAAGGAUGUGAGUACAGUAUGUCUUUUUCCCGUGGACAAAUCAUGUGUAUUCAGAUAUCAGCCGAACCAAAGGGAGGAAUUUUCUCUCCAUCAUUUCAACUUUUUGAUAUGACAAGUAGCAUAAAACAUUGCCUUCAGCAUACACGUGACCCGAUAAAGUUUUUUUCCAAGUACUCAGUUUUAAAACCACAGAAAAUAUACGAAACUGCAUCGAAAUAUUUGACCAUUUGGUUACCCAUCCUUGAAAUGGAAGCAGUGGUAUCAGCAGUUGACGAAAACUCUGUUACUAUUAACAACAUACCUGUUAGUUUUGAUACAAGAAGAUCGGGUCACUUUUUUCUUCCUGCUAGAUUUUGUAAUCAACGAGACAUAGAAUUUAGCAGAAUGUCAGAGAAAUUUAUAUUACAAGGAGAAUCUGAACCUGAUGAAAAAGAAUGUGUAAACAGUGACUUUCUUUGUCUACGUUCCGAACACUUAGACCAAAGACCUGUUGAAACUAAGGACGCAUCGUCAAAAGAUCCACACGACAGAAUUAUUUGGAUUCUCCAUGGACAAUUGACUAAGAUGGAAAAGAUUAAACAACAAGAUCAAAUACAAGACUCAGAUGAAAGCCAACCACGGAGUAAAACCACUUAUAGAGUGACCUUUAAGCUACAUAGUGGCAGCAGUGAUCCAAGUAAAGCAAUGUUGUAUGAGACGAGACCGUCACGAUGUUCGGUGGAAAUAAUUCCAAAAUCCGAAACAGAUGUACGUACAGAAUCUAUACUUCAGUGCCUUGGACAAUCAACUGAUCUGGCGAAGAAGGUUGCAUUAUGUAAUGGAAAAUCCAUUCAUUUAAAUAAACGGUACUGUAAUAUAGCUCGUCAAAUGACUAUAGAAGUAAACCUUGAAAGCAUUGUGCGAAACAACGAAUUUCAGAAGAAGGCUAUUCAGAAUGCUUUGACUUCAACAUUUAGCCUAAUACAUGGGCCUCCAGGUACUGGAAAAACCCACACUGGUAUAAAGUUGGUAUACCUUUUUAACAAAAUUAACAUCCAGAUGCUUCAGGAAGGCCAUGAAAGAAUGCAAGUUGUUUUUUGUGGACCAAACAAUAAAUCUGUAGAUCUUGUAGCCAAGUGGAUGCUUAAAAAAUACAAAAAGGAUUGUCCCGAUAUUAUCCGACUGUAUGGUAACUCUUUAGAAAACAAAGUCUUCCCAACACCUGGUAAAUUCUUUUCCAAAAGGACAUCCACAAAGGAAUCAAGACCUGACCCAGAGCUGGAAGAUAUAUCUUUGCAUAAUCUGAUACGAUUAAACGAUAAACCAUUAUCUGAUGAAAUACAUAGAUAUGACGAAAUAUUUCGUAAAUAUACCAAAGGAGAAUAUGAACCAACAUUGGAGGAUUUGAAGAUGUACAGACACUUAAUAAAUGAGGCAACACAAAGAGAAAUUAAACAACAUCAAGUUGUUUUCUGUACAACCGCAGUUGCAAUAAGCCCAAGAUUUAUAAAAGCACUCACUGGAAACAUCCAACAGUUAAUAAUAGACGAAGCAGGAAUGUGUACUGAGCCAGAGAGUAUUGCAGCCAUCAUUGCUACCAAAGCAAAGCAGGUGGUGCUAAUUGGAGACCACAAACAACUACGACCUGUGUUAAAGUCCAAUUAUGCAGCAGAGCUGGGUCUCGAAAAAUCUUUAUUUGAAAGAUACUCUGACAGAGCAACCAUGCUUCGAAUUCAGUAUCGUAUGCACCCAGGGAUAUGCGAGUUUCCUUCGAAUGAAUUUUAUGAUGGACGACUUCAAACGAUGUCUUCUCCAAAGUGGGACAUUCCAAACCCUUUAAAAAUUUGGGUUAACAGAGACAAGAUACCUAUUGUGUUUUGUCACAUAGAAGGAGAGGAGGAAUUUCUGACUGUGUCUACCGAGGAAGGAAAUGAACAAUCUUGCAGCAAUAAACGAGAGAUAGACAAAGUCGUGGAAGUGUUAAAACAUUUGCUUUAUCACGAGAAGCUAGACCUUACUGACAAAGAGAACUUGAAUAUAAUGUCCCAGUACAAUGCUCAGUGUCAUCAGAUAAGAUCAGCUUUGUCUAGUAUAGCAAAGGAGGUCAAUGUCAACACAGUUGUGGCUAGUCAGGGUGGAGAAUGGAACUAUGUUAUAUUCAGUACAGUUCGAUCUUUGCCACGAUAUCGUAUUGAAGAUAACCCAACUCUGGGGUGGUGCAAGAAGAGUCUUGGUUUCAUUUCUGACGAGCAUCAAAUAAAUGUUGCACUUACCAGGGCAAGAAGGGGAUUAAUUAUAAUAGGAAAUAAAUAUCUCCUGUCUUGUGAUUCGGUGUGGAAGAAUCUCAUCGAUCAUUAUGCUAGCUUGGGCUGUGUGGUCGAUGAAACUGAGGUAUUUCCCCGAGUUUCACGGGAUCACAGAUGCACGGGUCAAGGAUUUAGAAAAGUUACCGAAAAACAAGGAUUUUACAGAAAUUCUUCUCCACUGAAGAGGAGAACAAUCAAGAAGCGAACCUGUACUCAAAGUGAAGAAGAUUUCUAUAAAGGAACAGAUCGAGAAGAGGAAAUGCACCUACGACAAAUACAACAAGAAUACCUUUUAUAUUCUUGAAAUGAGCUUUAGAAAUGUCUUGGAAUUUAAUUAAAGAAAUGACUUGUUUAGUGCAAGUAAAACAGAAAACGACAUAUAGGUAAAACACAGAAAGAGAUUUUA